AGCGUGCUCUCCUGCCAAUCAGUUUUCGAUGAAUGCUAAAUCAAGCUCGUCUUCCGUUAUAGCACUUUCCUACUGCGGAGGCCGAGACAGUUGCGUUCUAUCAGCUUCGACCGGCUCGCGUUCGGUUUUUUCUCUUCACCUCUCAACAGCCGUAAAUCGCUUCAUACGUCAUUCACCCCGUUGUUUACUUUCUUUCUAGAUCUUCCUGCCUUUUCUCCUCCCUUCUAACUUCUUCUCAUUGCAACCUCUCUCGUGUCUUUUAGAAUAAUUCUUUGUAGAAGCGGCUUAACAGUGAGUCAUUUCUCCUUUGUUGUUGCUGUUGUAUGUUGGGGGAGGUGUUGGUGGAUCGAAGCCUUCGUCUUGGGCGGUGUUCGUGCUUUUUUUCGUUUGACGUGGCGUUCAAUUCAAUGCAACGCAGACACGAAGCGAACGACUCCGAGGCCGGUCCGUCAGCGCCGUCCGAGUCUACGCAGUGCCGCGAUGCCUCCACCGCCAGCCAGGGCCACCGCAGCGCUCCCUUCCGCCUGCAAGGAACGCUGCCUCGCCGAGUGGCACCGGUGGGGGAGCUGCUCGUCAUGGACACCCCACCCUCCUACAGGGCCAACCCUAGCCUGCAGACCGCGUCCCCUCCGCUGCUGGGGAAAGGGAAAGUCUCCGCGCUGUCAAGCCCCACGGCACGCCUGCCUGUCUCCCAGACCUCCAGCACGGCUUCAUGCUACGCCCUACCCCAGCCGCUGGCGCUCCGUGAUUUCCGAGAGAGCUGCGGUGACAGCACCCACUAUACCGGAGUGGCGAACAACGCGUACACCCCCCUCACCAACGCCUCCGCGCCGUCGCUGCCCUACACGUGGACCGACAGCUACCUCGAGGAGUCGCCAGAGACGAUGCGGGCGCGCUGGAUAGACCAGCAGACCUUCGGGCCCGUCCUGCAGUCCGAAGGCGGGGGUGACAGCACGAUUGCGUCCACGUGUCACACGCCGAAGCAUAACGCGGAGGCCGUCUGGGGCCGUGUGCAGGCGCGAAAUGCGCUGGAGCGUGAUGGGAAAGACGAGGAAUGGACCGCAGCGAAGGCGGAGGGGCAGCAGCAGGUCCGACACGGCGCGGACGGUGGUGGGCGUCGUAUACGUCGCGUUAACAUUGAAGCCGCCGAGCGUGGCGGGGAGGGCCUGGGCGGUGCUACGCUGCAACGACAGCCGCACUGCCAUGCGGAGGAGACGAAGACCGACGCGUCUCACGACACUCCUCGAGUAAUUCCAGGUGCGCCGCCAGCUUCCAAAACUCGUUUCCCAGCUUCUACAAACUCAAAGCCGGGGGAUGGAGGCGAGGGACGCACCAGCACACCGAAGCACCUGCUGAGUGACGUGUCUACUGUCAUCGCCACCGUGCAGCAGUCGCGCCACGUUGUACCGACUACAUCCAUCGAAAAGAAAACGCAGCGCAGCGUGGAUCCCUUUUCUGCCUCUCUUGCGCAGGGUGGUUCCACGUACUCCCACGGAAACAACGUGUACAUGUCCACUUCGUCGAUGAUGCUAACGCCAUCGCUGCCGCCAAACGCGCCGGAGCUGCGUGCGUCUCGCGAGGUUGUGCGAACGCCGUCACCUGCUGGCGCUGUGCGGGACACCACCGCCACUCGUCGGAGGAGUAGCACCGGGCCCAGUCCCUCUUUCUCUAUCAGCGACUAUUCACUGAGCGGCGCGGGCGAUCGCGUCAAGACGGGCGGUGGGAGAGCAUCACGGAAUGGUCCGAUGCGACUCCGGGUGUUGAAACCCAUUUAUGAUGACUGA